AACCCACCAACUGAAAACCAAGGCUCUCCAUAUAUAUAUUUCUUCUUGGAAAAAUUAAAGUUAGUAUAGAAAAUUAAGAUCAUUUUAAUCCAAGUUUUAGAGUCAUUCAAAAUGUCCACCAAAAUUACUUGUUCAAAUCCAUUUUACAAUCUUUCAUACAAUCAAAGUAUUUCCCAAAAAUCCCAUUUUUCAUAUUCAAGGCCGGUGCUAUGUAGAAAAUCCCAUCUAAAGAAGAUCAACAAGCCUCUCAAUUUCGUCAAUUCCAAUGCAAAAAAUGAAAUACUCACUGUGAAGUGCAACUCAGCCAACAGUACUGGAUCAGAUGCUCCACCUCCUGGCAAAUCUCCAUUCUUUGGAUGGAAAUGGUUGUUGGGAUUUCUUCUACCUAUAAUACUACCUUCAUUUAGGAACAAAGUCAGUCCUCUACAACUACUCAAAAAUAAUGUGAAACAAGCAGUAGAAACAGUGGAAAAUAUGAGUGAGAUAGUAGAAGAAGUUGCUGAGAAAGUAGAUAAAAUUGCUGAAGAGAUUGAAGAGAAACUUCCAGGGGAUUCAAAGCUUAAACAAAGUCUUGAUUCAAUAGAAAAUUUAGCUGAAGGGGCAGUCAAAUAUGCCAAUCAAGCUCAAGAUGUCAUUCAAAAGAUUAAGGAUAUGGACAAAGAGAUGGAUACACUAAUUCACACUAACAAUGCAAAUCAGGUUGAGAAGGUCAGCCAAGAAUUAAGCGCCAAGAAAAAUUAGUCAUUACUUACAUACUGCAGUUUAUCAAUGCCAUCAAAAGUAGGCGUUAUUUAGAUUUUAUCAGUGUAUUUUUCAUACUUAGCCAAUUUUAUUUCAUUUCGAGCUUGUUAGAUAUCGUAUUAAACAUUAACGCGUAGUCUAUUUGCAUCAAUUAUGUUUAUUUAAUUAAUAUAAUGUACAAAGUACUGCAAUUU